UCGGGUCGCAAUGAAAACAAGUAAGAUGGCGACGACGGUGGGAGAGGGCGGUGGUUUGGUGGAUUUGCCCGAGGAGGUGCUGGAGCAGAUAUUUUGCUGCCCUUCGCUGAGCUACGUGGACGUGGUCAGCGUCUGUCAGACGUGCAGGAAGUUGCAUGAGGUGUGUCAGGGCCGGAGCACCGUCUGGAGGCACAAGUUCAGGCACAGGUGGCCAAGACUAAUAAAAUACUGCAGCACAACUGGAAAUUACAACUGGAGAGAAGAAUACCGAACACGACACGCAAUUGGCUGGAAAGUGCGGAAAAUUGUGGAUUCCUUUUCAAAGCGAUUUUUCACAAAAGAGGUUCCUAUUGAUGGCUUUAAAGACAUUGAGGCUUUGGGUGGUCCUUUUCAUUUUAUUGAAGAUGAAUUGUUGUCCAUCCUAAAUGAAGAUGGAAGGAAACACUUGACUGGGAAAUAUUAUUCUCGGAAGAUAUUGUGCUUCCUGCGCCAGCAGAACAUAAUGGAAAAAUUGAAGGAGUUUCUUUCAUCUUCUCCAGAACAACAAAAAUUAAUAGAAGGUGUGGUGCUCAUAGACCAGUACUGCAACCCUUUAGCAGAUACCUCACGGGAGGAUAUCCUGUUGCAGCUGAGCCAUAUAACAGAGGAGGUGAAGAAAGUUCUGAGUUUAAUGAAACCAUCUCAUCCAAGUAUAACUGCAGAAAGAGAUGGUGUAUUUAUUGACUUAGAACUUCAACAACAAGUUCUGGAUGUUAUGAACUUUGUCUUGUACAAGCAACUGAAAUUCAAAGGGAAUGAGGAUGAUUACUACAAUCCCAUGAAUUCCUACAUACACCAGGUGCUCAGACAAAAAAAAGGAAUUCCCAUCACUCUUUGCGUGAUAUAUUCAACAAUCAGCAAGAGCCUGGGUAUACAUCUGGAGCCAGUCAGCUUUCCUGGUCACUUUCUCUUAAGAUGGUGCCAGAAACCUGAAGGGAGUACUAACAUGUUGGACUAUAUUUACAUUGAUGCUUUUAACAAGGGGAAACGCUGUACAGCAAAGGAAUGUGAGCAUCUGAGUGGUCAGAAAGUUGCAGCUAAUUUUUACUGUUCUGUAACUAUAAAGGAUGUGCUUUUCCGUAUGGUAACAAAUCUGUUCCACUUGGGAAAGAGAGAGGACAGUGACCAGUCUUACCAAUUGCUACGGAAUGCUCUUGAUUUAUAUCUUACCUUGGCUCCUGAUGAUGUUCAAUACUUGAUGCUUCAAGCUAGACUUUACUUUCAUCUGGGGAUCAAUCCAGAAAAGGUAUUGGACAUUCUUCAGCACAUACAGGCAGUGGAUCCCUUACAACAUGGUGUGGUGGGGCACUUGGUUCAGCUAACCAUGGAGCAGAUUGCUCGCAAAAACCAAACAGUUGAAGUUCAAGUGAAACGGCAUACAGAUGAGAAGCACAAAGGAAUAGAGUUUUCAGUGGGACUCAUUAUGAGGCACAAAAGGUAUGGAUAUGACUGUGUAAUAUACGGAUGGGAUCCUAAGUGUAUGAUGGGGUUAGGUUGGAUGAGAACGAUGGGAGUUCAUAAUCUACCACAUGGGCCUGAUCAGCCAUUCUACAAUGUCCUUGUUCAAGAUGGUUCAUGUAGAUAUGCUGCGCAAGAAAAUCUUAUUUAUCAUUCAUCACCAAUGGAAAUAAGCCAUCAAGAAGUUGGUCGCUACUUUUCAGAAUUUUGUGGCACACACUACGUUGCAAAUGAGGAAUUGGAGAUCCAGUACCCAGAUGACUUAGUAUUAACAUCACAGCUCGUGAUGAAGGUAUAUGACUGUUCCUGAAUGAUUUUCUUUGUUUUGGGAAGAGGUAAAGUGCUACAUUGGGUGUGUCUUUAAUGAGCAGGACAAACCAGGUGAAUUCUACCAAUAUAAACUUGAAAAUCAGCUUUAAGUAUCUCAGGACAUCAUGUGCACUACAUAUAAAUGUAAUUUUAUGCACAUUACUGGCUUGAGAAUCUGUGUAUAUUAAAAAUAUGCAAAUAUAAAUCAUUUUUAUUGCCAAACCUGAGGCAGUUGAUUUGCUAAUAAUAAAUUGCAGUAUAGCAUUGUGUAAGUUGAACUAUGUUCUAUUAUAAGUUUCCUAAUUUUGGUGUGAAAUCCUGUAAAACAAUAAAAUGCAUUUCUGAUUGUG